GUUGCUACGGUAACCUGGGUAACAUCACCCCGAACACGAUGGGGUGUGUCUCUCCACGCCAACGGGGGGACCGGAGAGUGGUUGUGGCUUCUCCCCCUCAGAAAUUGAAUUUAAGAUUUUCGACACCACUUGAAGGCAGCAUCAACGUGACCGCCCGCCAGCCAAUGCGAGUGAGGAUUUUUUCAAGACGACCAAUCAGCGAUAAAUACGUCCUACGAAAGCAAGUGAGUCAAACGGCCCGCCCUGACGUUGUUCAUUGAAGAAGAAGGACGGUCUCAGCAUACCGUCCUCGGAACAAAUUCGAUCAUGUCGACUAAACUGACCAAGCUUUUUGUUGGAGGACUGAAUGUGGAGACCACAUCCGACGGCGUCCGCAAGUAUUUCGAACAGUAUGGGACGCUCGACGACUGCGUUGUGGUCAUGAACCCUCAUCUCGGACGGUCCCGCUGUUUCGGCUUUAUCACCUACUCAACGCCGGAGGAGGCCGACGCAGCAAUGGCGGCUAACCCACAUGUCGUCGAAGGCCACGACGUGGAGCUGAAGAGAGCCAUAGCACGGGAGGAUGCUAACAACCCGGAAAUCCUCUCCAAUGUAAAGAAAAUCUUCGUCGGCGGUGUGAAAGACCACAUCGAGGCGGACAACCUGACCGAGUACUUCUCCCAGUUCGGCGUGGUGGAGAAGGCCGAGAUCAUCUCUGACAAGCAGACGGGCAGAAAGAGAGGCUUCGGCUUUGUCUUCUUCGAGGACACCGACUCCGCCACAAAAGCGGUGCUGACCAAAUACCACACCAUCAACGGAAACAAGGUGGAGGUGAAGAAAGCAAUGACCAAGCAGGAGAUGUCCACCGGUGGCCGGGGAGGAAGAGGUCGAGGAAGAGGGAUGAACAACUAUGGCGGCGGAAGAGGAGGUGGCAGCUACGGAGGAGGCUACGGCGGCAAUUACGGAGGCAGCUACGGCUAUGGCGGGGGUUACAACGGUGGUGGUGGCGGCGGCGGAGGAGGAGGCUACGGGGGGUACGGUGGGGGAUACGACGAGUACGACAGCCAGAUGGGGGGUGGGUACAGUAAUGGUGACUUUGGGGACGGCUACGGAGAGCAGCACUCAAAUUAUGGUGCAGUGAAGGGGGGCAACUAUUCCUACAGGAGCGGGGCUCCUUACAACAGAGGAGGAGGAGGAGGAGGAGGAGGCGGCGGCGGUGGUGGCUACGGCAGGGGUGGCGGAUUCAGCGGUGGCUAUUAGUCGCUCCCUACAGGUUUUGAGAUGUUCAUGGGGAAAAUUCGGAUUACAACGAACUUGAAUUUACACACACACACAAACACACACAACACACACACAACACAAGCCCAGUUGGGGUGAGGGGUCAGUUCAAGGGAGCAGUGCCCAUCACCCACUAAGAAUGAAUGAGACUGUCCUCUGGAUCCUGGCUCCCCCCACCCGGACCCCAUCUGUCCUCUUACUCCACACAUUAUGUACUUUACUACUAAGAAUGGUGAAUUAUUGAAUUGUACUUUUGUUAUGUUGGGGAAAGACUUUCUUUGAACCAUUUGUAAAGCCGUAAUCAAUGUCGGUCACUGCUUCUCAACUCAAUUGAGUUUGUUUGUCUUGCAAACCAGCCAGAUGUGUCUGUUAUUUUUGCAUCAUGAACUCAGGGUUUUAAGUAAAGUUGGUGGCAGUGUCGGGCAGCAUGGGACUCGAUUGCUUGAGUUUAUUGAUCUUAAAACACACGUGACAAAGUAUUUUUUGGGGGGGAGAAAUGUCACGGACUGUUUGUCAGUUGUAAAUUAACGUUUUUUCCACCUUUCCCGUCCCAUUACAAGCUUUUGUUUAGAUUAAAACCGUUUGAAAUACAUGUGUUCAGUUCACCCCUAUGUUUAUUCUGCUUUUAUUAAAGUUUUUAAUGUUUUGAAAAUCUA